AUGGCGCCUACUUCUUUUGCUUCGGCAGCUGCAGGAAACAGUGCGAAUCCAGCGCGUCCCGACUCCGGCGCUGACUGGGCUCGACGUACCAACGGUGCCACGCAAACAUUCCGCCGACCUUCACACGCGACAAGCCUCUCCGGCUCAACGAACCACUCAUCCUCACGAGACCCUGCCGCGCCACAGAACUCGUCAACCAGCGCCGGCGUAUAUGUCCCGCCCCACGCACAGCCUGGCCGCAAUGGCAGCUCGUUCGAGGGUCGCUACUCGCGGGAUCAAUUGACACAGCUGUUCCGGAUACAGCAAGCGUCGAGCGACCUCAACGACGGACUGUCUAGUUUGUACAUGGGUGGAUGGGAGCCUCAUGCUACGAACGGUGCUUCGAGUGCUUCCUGGGGCCGCAAAGACGACCACGGUCGGGAGAGGGAGGCGCCGAGCGGGGUCGACCAGUGCUGGGACAGAGAUGGUAGCGUAUUGCCACUCAGCCUGACUGACAUGACCGACGAUGAGAGAGAAAUCUUCCAUUCGUCUGUCAACUCGCCGCUCAAACCACCCACGCAGAACAAAGACGGUACUCCCAAGGAAGGCCUUUCGCUCCGGAAGACGUCUGUGUCGCAAGGCCCAGGCACUCCCUACGGAAUCUCCUCGCCCACGAGCGCGCGCCCAGGCACCCGCCGCCGCGAUACCAGCGACGCGUAUCCGUUCCCCUCGUCGCCCGCCACCUCACGAUUCGCGCGCGAAGAAGGCAGUGCCGUCACACCGCCGCCCGCCCUGGUACGCCGUCGGACAGACUAUAAGGAGCCUGUAGAAGGUCGCCCCGGUGAGGAGCGUGAAAAAGAAAAAGGCGGGGCCGACAGCGCUGGUGCAUUUGGCUCUGCAAAGCGCACAACUACCGCGCCCUUCAGCCCAGGUGGUGGUACCUCGCCCUGGUCUGCGACUCCUGGUGGUGGCUUUGGCGCUUUUGGAAGCUUUGCAGCGCCGCAGUCUGAGAAAAAGCCCGGCUACGGGAGUCUGCGUGGUGAGAGUCGGUUUAAGGGAUUGAUGGGCAAGCCGAGCAUCGAGGACUUCGGGAACGGGCCGAAAGAGAAAGCUUCCAUGAGCAACUUGGGCAGGCUAAGCGAGGCAGAGUCCUCAAAGGCAGGCGGUUCGUGGAUGGAAUCUCGCACCAACAGGCCAAUGAGUAACGACACAGAUCCAUUCCCCGAAGACGACCACCCAACUGGCAGUGCUGCGUUGCGCGGCGAAGACGUUAGCCCGCCCCGGCCACAAGGCUUCGGCAAUUUCGCAACGCCCCACCGCCCCGACCACCGCGACGAUUCUGGAUUAUCCGCAUUUGGGAUGACGACCGCCGACACUGGUCUUCGCGACAUGUACAACAGGAAUAACUUUACGGAUCAAUCACCCCAUCGAGGCAACGAGCCAAUGAGCCCGACGGACACGAAUCCAUACCAGAGCCCGCACCACGCACGAGAUCAGCAUAAUGACGACUCGGACGAUUCCGGCGACCAGAAUGCACACUUCCCUGGUAUGAGUAGCUUCCAUAUCGACCAGUCUGUUCACUCGAGCAUUCACAACGCGUUUGGUGGGCUCGGAGGUCUGGGCAAAGUGUCCGCACCAUUCGAAACUGCAGCUAGUGAUCGCAGCCAAACCUCCAGCGUUGGCCCCGCUCGAGGAUUCCCAACUCUGCCUGGGCUUGGUGGCCUGCCUGGUCUCGGAGGGUCUGCAGCCUGGCCUACUGGACACCACACUAUGGGCACUCCGACUCGCGAACGUGGUGGCCUGGGUGGCUUUGACAGCGCUUUCGGAAAUGUUGGCGAGGCUCAGUCGCCCUCUCUGGCUGGUCUGGGAAGCAGCUCGCUGUUCGGUCAUGCCACAGUAGGCCGUUCUAGUAGACUUGGCUCUCUGUUCCCGCCCUCGAUGCAAGAACAGAUGCGAUCCAAUGACCCGAACAGAGCGCACGCUGACGACAACUCCUCGCAUGGUGACCGCCAACAUAGCAUGACAGGUACCUUUGGCAGAAAUGCGUUUGGUGGACAGGCACCAGCGCGUGACACUGAAAGCCCGUUCCGCGCAAACCGCAAUUUGUUUGAAGAUUUCUCCAAUGCCCACCAUGACGACCAUAGCUCGUCCGGACAGCCUCCGAAUAUGGCUACCACUUCACUCUCUAUGGCCGCUCUUAACCCGACUAGGACUGCACAGCCAUCGACCCCAGGCGUUGGAAGCCCAGCUUCUAGUCAACCACCUGUGCCUCAGCAGCGGAUGAUGGUUAUGCCUGACAGGAUGAGGUGGAUCUAUCGCGACCCUUCCGGCAACGUUCAAGGACCGUUCUCCGGCCUAGAGAUGCACGACUGGUACAAGGCCGGCUUCUUCUCGCCUGAGCUGCUGGUGAAGAAGGCUGAAGAGCCCGAUUACGAGCCCCUGGCCCAGCUUAUUCGGCGAAUCGGUAACUCCCGCGAGCCCUUCCUGGUCCCUCAGAUCGGUAUUCCGCAUGGCCCUGCAACGUCUCAGCCCGGCAAUUCUUGGGCAGGUGCUGGCCCUAGUACUGCUACCGCUCCAGGCGCCCAGCCUCCUUUCGCGAAUAGUUUCCCAAGCUUUGGGACCACCCUUACUGCCGAACAACAGAAUGCCCUCGAGCGCAGAAAGCAAGAGGAGCAGUAUCUCAUGGCUCGCCAAAAAGAGCACCUGGCUCAGCAGCAACAAGCGCUUGCCCGUCAGGUUCAGAUGGGAGGAGUCUUGCCCAAUCAACUCAACCACCACUCCAGCGCGCAGAGCCUACAUAGCCAACCAAGCUUUGGUAGUAUCACAUCUCCAGGUGGAUAUCAGCCAUCGCCUACCCAUGGCACCACGGUAGGAGCGUCUGUUCCAGGGCUUAUGGACAACACUUUCAGAUCUGGUCCCGGUCCUGUCCCCGGUCUGGGUCCUAUCGGCCCCGGUAUGGACAUGAUGAACAACAGGAGAGAGCAAGACAUGCCCGGCAUGAUGGACCGUCUCAACCUCGGACGCAACAACCAGCCUCCAUUUGCCUUCGGUCAGCAGCAAGAUUCUGAUGCGCACGCACAAUAUAUGGCUUCUGUGAUUGGCGACCGUGCUCGACUCAAGCGUGAGCAGGCUGAGCAUGACGCCGCGAUUCGCCCCGGUGGCCCUGAAGACAUGCAAAAUGCCCGCAACUUUGCCGACCGCUUCGCGGAAUUCAACGACUUGCGAGUCCAAACGGACAUGGAACAAUCAUCCAAGGCAGCUCCUCCACCAGAAGGUGUUAUUGGAAAGCCUUCAAAUUCGUCUGCUCAGCAAUCGCAAGAACAAUCCGAGCCUGCCUCUCCCGAGGAACGCGAAGCACAAGAUCAUCAAGCCGAGCAUCACAACGAGGGACAUGCUGCUGGUCAAGAGACCCUGUCACUUACUGAACAGGUUCAGAAAGCUGCUUCCGCGAAGCAUUCCCCUCAACCGGCAGCCGCAUGGAAUAAAGUCGAGCCCGCCAUCUUCCCGUUCCCGCCUCCGCCAUCGCAGUCUCCACUGCCCGCCCCAGCUGCUCAGAGGAAGCCCAUCGUUGCUGAAAACCUCAACACCGAGUCCCGUUCUGGUGCGGCAACUCCCGCUGCCGACACUCCCAGUGUAUCCAUUGCGCCUUGGGCGAAGGAACCUGUUGACGCAUCUCGUGGACCCUCAUUGAGGGAGAUCCAAGAGAUGGAAGCCAAGAAGGCUGCAGAGCGCGAGGCUGCCGCAGCAGCAGCUCGCCGCGAGGCCUUUGAGAAGGAGAUGCAAGCUCAGAACCAGUCACCCGCAGUCCAACCUGGCCUGCCUUCAAGCUCGACCUGGGCGAGUGGUGCGUCACCUGUAACGCCCAGUGCGACCAAUGCAUCUGUUUGGACAAAGCCUGCUGCCACCAAGGUCGCCGCACAGCCCACAGCUAGUUCCAAGAAGACCCUACAGCAGAUCCAGAAGGAAGAGGAAGCUCGAAAGCAACGAGCUACUGCACAGGCUGUUGCAGCUGCGAACGCCUUUGGUGCCGCCGCUCCAGCUCCAUCGGGUGGUAAGCGAUAUGCUGAUUUGGCAAGCAAGAGCACCCCUGUGCUGGCUGCUGCUAUGCCUGCUGGCAGCACUGCAUGGACCACUGUUGGUGCAAGUGGUAAGGUCAAGACACCAGGAGGCACUACCACUCCUGUGCCUGCCGCCGUUCGCUCCGCUAGCUCAACCAUUGUACCCUCGCUUGCCAAGAAGCCCGCUGUUACGCGUAGUGCCACGAUGGGAGGACAAUCUGGAAAGCUCAACGCUGAAGAGGAGUUCCGAAAGUGGGCUGUCAACGAGCUCCGUCAUGACCUUAACAAGGGUAUCAAUGCCGAAGACUUUGUCUCCUCUCUCCUCAGUUUCCCAGCCGACGCCGAGCUGAUCACAGAAUCUGUACACUCCGCCUCCAACACACUCGACUCGCGCCACUUCGCUGAAGAGUUCCUCCGCCGCCGCAAGCUCGCCGACAAGGGCAUCAUUGACGAACGCAACACUGCUUCCCCUGCCGAGAACAAGGCCGCAGGUAGUGGCUGGUCUGAAGUCGCCAAGAAGGGCGGCGCCAGCACUAUCCAGCAACAACAGGCGCAGCAACCUCUCGACUCAAGCAACUUCAAGGUCGUCGCCGCCAAGAAGAAGACCAAGCGGUAG